AUGGGACCCGGCCCAUCUGCGGCGGAACCGGUGGCUGCUGCGGCCGGUGCCACACCAACGCCAGCUUCGGAGCCGGCUCGCACGGCAGCCGCAAGUUAUGGUGCGGAUGGGCGUGAUGACGAAAGCAUGGGCGCCAGCGACAGGAUGGUCUUCAACGCGCCAGCCAUCCCACAGGCGCCAAAGUUUAAGGGCUCGACAAAGACCGUGCGCCGUCAAUUCAUGAGAGAGUACAACCAAUACCUGGAGCAGGUGGCCGCAUUGCAGACGACUACCACUAAGCCCUUGGUGAUGCCGGUGUCAGCCUGCAUUGACCACUACACGAAGAAACGAUUAGCCAUGUGGGAGCUGGACAAACCAGCUGACUCUGUCACGGAAGCCGAAUGGGUCGGGUGGAUGCGCCUCGGCUACGAUGUUAUUACCGUCUGA